AUGUCUCUGUUCGGGAACCAGAACCAGAACCAGCAAUCGCAGUCUGGUAGCCUCUUUGGCAAUACUGCGAACAAACCCAGCCUGUUUGGCGGCUUUGGCUCGAGCACCACAGGGACCCAGCAGAAUCAGCAGAACCAGCAGAGCGGGGGUGGACUUUUCGGCUCUACGCAGAACAAACCUGCUGGAACAGGCCUGUUCGGGUCGACGCAAAAUCAGCAGAGUGGUGGUACUGGGCUGUUCGGUUCCACAACAACGUCACAACCGCAACAAACUGGAGGUUUGUUUGGGGCGUCGACGCAGAAUCAGAACCAGCAGCAGCAGUCGGGGUUAUUCGGCGCGUCUACUCAGACUCAGAAUCAGCCGCAAUCGACAGGAUUGUUUGGAUCAAGCACGCAGCAGAAACCGCAAGGGAGUCUCUUUGGCGGAUUCGGACAGCAACAACAACCCCAACAGCAGCAGCAAGGUGGUGGACUGUUUGGGGGAACGAGCACCACCACGCAGCAGCAGCAGCAACCGCAACAGCACUCACUCUUUGGAGGAUCUUCUCUUUUUGGUGGUCAACAGCAGCAGGCGCAACAACAGCCUCAAUUAGGGCAGAGUGUGGGUCAACAGCAGAAUUUGGGUUCGUCGCUAUGGUCGCCAGGUCGUGCGAUUACUGGAGUCCAUAGAACGGUGCCCAUGCAGAUGUUGAUCGUCAAGGACAAAUGGGAGCCUAUCAACCGAUCGUCACCCUUCCGAACAUAUCUGUACAACUAUGUUGGUGAAGAGCAAUCGCCAUUCUACCAGCCAGGCCCCGACGACGAUGAGAACAAAUGGGAGGAAGCUUUACGAGAAAGACCCAAUGCUGGCUAUGUCCCGGUCCUCGUGAAAGGGUUCUGGGAGCUCGGGAAGCGCGCACAGAGGCAGAAGGAUUUCCUUACCAUGAUGCAGAUUCGCCUUCACGAGAUCAACAAGUGCCUUACAGACCUGCUUUCUCGCCAUGACCUUAAAAUCUCGGUCAAGAUCGCUGACUGUCGGCGCAAACAUCUUGUCCUGAGCCAGCGUUGCCUCUCUCUUGCUGCAAAGACCCAGGUGCUGCGAAAUCGGGGCUACGCUAUGGACGACGCAGAGGAGGAGCUGAAGAAGAAACUACUUCAAUUGGAGCGUGCUGUCUUUGAUCCAUCAAUCACUGGACGGGCAGAGGAGAUCUGGGCAAGAAUGCUUGCCAUUCGUGAGCAUUCCAAGCGAUUGCAGGCGGAAAUUGAAAGGGCUGGCCCCGGCGCAGCGACAGAAGCGGACGAAGCGCUCGAUGAAUCUGUUGUGAAGACUGCGAAAAAGGUCUUGGAGGAUUAUGCUUCUCAGAUCCAGCAUUUGCACAAGGAGCUGGAGGCGGUUCGGAAGGAUUUUGAAGAAUUCGAGAAGUCUGCCGGCGGCUCAGCCGGUAAUUAA